AUGGCUUUAUUUCCACAAGAGGCUGACUUGAGGAUUGUGCUGAUUGGAAAAACUGGUGUGGGAAAAAGUGCUGUUGGAAACACCAUCUUGGGAGAAAAAUAUUUCUUUUCUUCUCCCAGUUCAGAGUCAGUGACUGAAUCUUGUGAACAACAUGUGAAGACGUUUAGUAACAGGGUAGUUAGUGUGGUAGACACACCUGGCAUUCUGGACACGGGAAAAUCCGCAGAAAUCAUCAAAAAAGAAAUUGUGAGAUGUGUUGAAAUCUCCUGUCCAGGUCCUCACGUGUUCCUGCUGGUUAUUCAAGUCGGUCGAUUCACCAAAGAAGAAAAAAACUCUGUGGAAGCCCUGCAGGAGCUGUUUGGGCCACAGGCUAAUCAUUACAUGAUUGUGUUGUUCACCCGCGGUGGCGAUCUUGGAGACAUGACAAUAGAAGAGUAUGUAAAUAAAGGCCACCAAGGUCUCAAAGACAUUAUCCUAAGAUGUGGAAAAAGGUUCCAUGUCUUUGAUAACCUAAGCAGUGACAGAAAGCAAGUGGAUGAGCUAAUCAGCAAGAUUGAUCGUAUGGUGGCUGAGAACAGGUGCACGUACUACACAGAUGAGAUGUUUAAAGAGGUGGAGGCUGCACGGAAAAUGGGAAUGCGAGUCGCUCAGUACAGGUUCCUUGCUCCACUGCACCAGAGCAUUUUACGUUUUCAUUCCAUUCUUGCAAGAGAUUAA